AUGACCAUUACGGACUUCACCGUGCGCAAAAAGAGCUACCGCUAUCUCACCACCCAGGCGAGCUACCCAAACCAUGACUCCAAGGCGGUUCUUGAUGCCUUUGAUCCCACCAAGGACCUUCAGUUGCAAGAUCUCAACAGCCUUGUCGAAAAGGGUGUACAAGGAGGCGCGCCCGCCUGGUACACGGGAUGGCCCAAGGAACAGGUGAACAACUUUAAUUUUUGGCAUCGUCCAAUGAUUAGGUACACAACGGUUGGCAAAAAGAAAGAACAGCACUUCGAUAAGUUGUACGUGCUGGACCAUGACGUUCUGGAGAACGGGAGCGACCCACUGGCAUUCUCUUGGCCGGCAAAGGCCUUCUCAAAAACCGAUCCGGUUAAGGUUCCAAAGUUGGAGGCGUGGUUGAUAAACGAGGCGCUCGAGCAGGAUCACUCCAAGCUGUUCGUGAUGGAGGAUAUCACUGACGAAGACCCUGAGACGGCCUACGACCUACUGGUUACACGCAAGCGAAUGCCCAUUCCCAAGGAGUUCUUGGAUAUCGCUUGGGACGGAUCGUCGGCACGCGAAGUCUUGCGAUUGCUUUCGAAGAACGUUGGAGAACCUGCUGUUCUCACUGCGACAUCUGCCCGACGCUGGGUUUCCGGAGUAAUCAAUUCGGAUUUCGCCGGAUUGGACUCGGAGGACUCAAUUGGAGAUUCCGCCGACAAGACCUACGAACUGCUCACCAAGACCUUGGCAGCCCUGGAGGAGAGUAAUAAGACGACAAAGACCUCCGUGGAAUCGCUUUCGGAGGUGGUGGUAGCGGGCAUCCAUGGACAAGCAUCGGACAAGGUGCCCCCAAAUACCGUGGAAAAGAAGUGGCCCACCAGACUCUCCUAUCUGAAGAGAGUUGCUGGUACUACGACCUCAGCGCAGCUUCCCAUCCUCUGGCACGAGCUAGCAAAGUGCAAGAAGCACGAAUCGAUUGGAAUUGUGCAGUCCCUGUUGGAUGAUGAGGCCGAAAAAUUGAAUCUCAAUUUGGAAUUCAUCGUUUCAGCCCGAGUAAUCAAGAGCAUGGUGGAAUUAAAAUUUUGUUCGCGCGGCGACAUCGAAAAGGGGUUGAACGUGUUUAAUAGUGUCUGUUUCCAGCACUACAAAAAUGCAAACGCGAUCAACGAUUACAACAAGAGCGACUACUGGUUGACGGGCGAAAAGACGACCGCGUCAAUGAAGGAUCAUCAAGCCCACGACAAGAUCAAGCACGCUAUCUUCCCAAGGGAUCCCAUGGAGUUCCGUGAGAUGGUCAAUGGUAUGCGGGUAUUCUACCGGGUAGUGUUUGGAAAAACACAUCCACUGACAGCCGUGUACGAAAAGUUUGCAAAGAAUGUGGAUUCGAUCGCACAAAAAAUGGGAGUGUCCCAACAGGAGCGAGCACUCGAGCGGUUUCUCUUCGGAAUCUAUUCCCGAAUUGAUCGUUACUUUGAGCGCUUGGUGAGGUCCGGCACGAACGCAGAAGAAAACCUUCCAGACUUGGGCACCUACAUGGAGACAUGCUACCAUGGAGGAAGCCUACCAGAGUCAAGCUUGUUUGUUGUCGCCAAGGACUCUGUAGGACCUGGUGGAACAGGAGACAAGACUGAGAGUCAGCUGAAGAGAGAGAAGGAAAGGGCCCAGAAGAAGAGCCUGGGCGAAUCAGUAAAAAAUCCUGACAUGAACGAAGAACAUCGCUACACCGGACGAACUACUACUGAGUUAAUCAAACGGACAGGCGAACAGCCUCCAAAGCACGCCAGCGGAAGGGAACUGUGCCUCAUUUGGCACACAAAGGGCGAAUGCAAGGAGAACUGUGAACAUGAUGCUGCACCAGAUAUUGAUAAGCUUCCGCACCCUCCCGCACCAAUGCUACACCGAGUAAUGAAAAAUGGAGCUCCUGUGGUGGUUCAUUCGGAGCCAUGGAGCCAGAGCCAACUCGACAUGCGAGUCGCUCGGGGCUGUCACUCAUCAGCAAACGAAUUCAAAGAAUUUCUGAUGGAGGAGUUUUUGGAUUUCGGAAGGAAGGGAUUUUGGAUCCUACUUCCAUAUGACGCCAUCAAGGACGAGAAAGGACUUCGCCUUUCUCCAAUUGGCUGCGUACCACAAGAUAACAGAAGACCGCGGAUGAUUGUUGAUUAUUCGUUCUGGGGACUCAAUGACGAGACAAUGAAACUCGCCCCAGAGGGAGCUAUGCAAUUCGGCACGGCCCCACUACGCAUCCGCGAGGCACUCAUGAAGGCAAACCUGGACUAUGGGCCAGUUUACAUGUACAAGAACGACAUGUCGGAUGGUUUCUACCGCAUCCGACUAUCAACGACCGGCGCACUCAAGCUUGGGGUCAUUUUACCGCGUUUUGAGGGACUUCCACAAUUGGUUGCACUACCACUUGUGCUUCCAAUGGGUUGGACAGAAAGUCCUCCAUGGUUUUGUGCUUUCACGGAAACCGUUGCCGACUUGACAAAUGUUGACUUGCAACAAAACAAGCGAGUGCCACCGCAUCCUUUGGGAAAGGCAGCAGCCAUCACUGACUUUGAAGUGAGGGACACACAAGUAGUGAGACCUAUACCAAAAUCUCACCAGCCACUGACUUACCAGCGCCCGUUGAAGAAGAUGGAAGUAUUUGUGGACGAUUUUGUUGGAAUGGGCCAAGACCAUCCAAGCAAUCCCUUGACAAAUCAACGAGCCGUCCUCAGCCACAACAUCGACAAGGUCUUCCGACCGAAUCGACCCACAGACAAUCAGUGGCGAAAAGAGCCACAGUCACAAUCGAAAAUGGCCAAGGGAGAUGCCUCUUGGCACACAAUCAAAGAAGCCUUGGGUUGGAACUGGGGAGCAACAACAAAGACAUUGCAAUUGAAAGAGAAACGAGUGAGCAAGGCCCUGUCACUCCUGGGCAAGGUCUUGGAUUGCAAACGCGUCUCCCUGAAACGAUGGCAACAGGUGGUGCGGUUGACUCCUGAGGUCCGUGAGCAACUGGAAAUCUUCCAAGAUUUUCUUCAUGGCCAUGCGAAGCGCCCCACAACACUUGAAGAACUGGUACCAGGCGUUGACUUACACGUUGGCGCUUGCGAUGCAGCAAAGUCCGGAAGGGGAGGAGUGUGGUUCACAGACGAUGGAGAGGCCAUCGUCUGGCGCGAACCAUACCAAGAAGCAGUGAAAAAAGAGGUUAUUUCCGAUCAAAACCUGACAGGAAAACUUACCAACUCAGACUUGGAGCUGGAAGGUACCGUCCUCCAUCAUUUUGUCCUUGGGAAGACCGCUCAGGUGGAAGGCGAAACCACUUAUACUGGCUGUGAUAACACACCAGCAGUGUCAUGGCGCACAAAAGGAUCAUCCACCUCUCGAAAGGCAAGAGCGAGAAUAUUACGGUUAGCGGCAGGAUUACAGCGGGAACAAAGAGCACAUCAUCAUCAACUCUUGGCAACUGUACAGGAUGCCAAACGCCGUGAACUCCUUGAUGACAUCCGUGCUGUUGAACUCAGAAUCGAACGCGGAGUCUGUCCUUCAAGAGUUGCAAAGGCACACUCUGUUUGGACCACAUGGGUUGCCUUCUGCGACAGCCUCACCAUCGACCCAGGAUUGUCAGCGGUCGACGAUCCCUUGCUCAUCAUCCUCCUCUUUGGAACCCAAUGGCGACGUGGGAAAAUUGCCCCCAGUAAGAGACAGGUCCGGGGUCGAACGGCUGAAGAUGCCAUGCGCCAGAUGGGCCAGGCCUUUUCCUCAUUGGGACUGCUCGAUCCGAGGAUGAACCAAUACGCACCAGGAACAAUGGACUUUCGUUGGACACGGCUGCUGAAAAGUUGGAGGAAAGAGGAUCCAGCAGCCCAACGAGUACGCCCAUUGCCAAAGUCCUUGUUAAGGCAAGCAUCAAAGCUUGCCAAAAAACCCACAAGUACACAGGCCGCAAAGGCAAUGAAUCAAUUGAUGUGGUUGGGGUUUUUCUUUUUGUUACGUCCUGGCGAAUUUCUGUCAAAAGCGGGAACGCAAUUUCCUUUCAAGUUGAAGCAAGUGUUUUUUCGUAUUAACAACGCAGAAUUUCGUGGCGACGCCAUUCCCCUUCGCCUCCUGGACACGUCACUUGUGACAUUCGCCGGUCUGAUAUUUGACAAACAAAAAAAUGCGGUGCCAGACAAAAAGAUCGGUUUGGGCACGUCAUUAAAUGGUGACAACCCAACAGCUACGCUGAUUGCCAUUGUGACACCUUCGACAGAGUCAACACACAACUGGCGACACCCCCCUGUUCACCUACUACUCCGAGUUUGGAGUCCCUUGCAAUGUCACAGAUCGAAUGAUGACAAAAUAUUUGAGAGCAGUUGCUCUCUCCGUGGAGGUCGAUCGACCUCCCACAAUCGGUGCUCUUCGAUGCACCGGGGCUACCGCGCUUCUGGAAGGCAAUAUCCCGACUAG